AUGGUGCAGUUACCGUUACAAGCACCAAAGAUAGCUUGGAACAAACAAAAAAUUAUUGAGUGGCCAGAUUUACAUAAAUUAACGUAUCCUAAUCGUGCCGCCAAAGCUGAAUUGCUAAGCAUCGCAUUUGAAAAUGCACCAGAAAAGAAAUAUGUAGUGGAUGAGGCUGCUCUGAUUUACGGCGUUCGAAUCUUAAGGUUACCAGUAAAGCAUUGCUCAUUGAACCCAAUUGAGCUAGCAUGGGCAGGCAUGAAAGCCUAUGUACACGAAAACAACACUGGCUUUCGAUUAUCUGAUAUUGAACGGUUGGCCUCAGAGUGGAUAGCUGCGUUAGAUCUACCAACAGCUAAGAGUUACUUCUCUCAUCUUCAAGAACAUGAGAUUAUGUGUCGACAAGUCGAUGCUCAUGUUGAAGAACUUGAAGAACAAUUGAUUGAAGACGAUGAAAUCCAGUCCUACAGUGAUAUCGAAGAAAAUGAACCUGAUGGAUGA